AUGCCGGCGGUGGGGCGAUGGAGGGUGGUGGGUGCCGGCGGCGGCUCCCGGCGCUGCUGCUGCUGCUCCCAGGGUGGUGGGGUGCUGCGGGGCGCCGGGGCCCAUGGGUGCCCCCCCGGGCUCGCUGUCCCCCCAGGGCUGUGCGUGGGGUUCAACGUGGACGUCGGGCGCCCGCGGCUCUUCCACGGGCCGGCACAGGCCCAGUUCGGCUACAAGGUGCUGCAGCGGGCGGGCGGCGGGGAGAGGUGGCUGCUGGUGGGGGCCCCUUGGGACGGUGACCGCCAAGGUGACGUCUACAAGUGUCGCGUGGGACCCCCCAACGCCACCUGCGCCAAAGCCAACCUCGGAGCCGCAGCGCCCUGGCUCGCCCCCCUCCCCGGCCGCAACGCACACUUGGGCAUGACCCUCCUGGACUCCAAGGACGGCGGCUUCGUGGCCUGCGCCCCGCUUUGGUCCCAGGCGUGCGGCACCUCCGUCUUCAGCACCGGCAUCUGCGCCCGCCUGGACAGUGACCUCCGGCCGGUGGGGACCAUCGCGCCCACGGCACAGCGCUGCUCCACCUACAUGGACAUCGUCAUCGUCCUGGACGGCUCCAACAGCAUCUACCCCUGGUACGAGGUGCAGAACUUCCUCAGCAACAUCCUCGGCAAGUUCUUCAUCGGGCCCGGGCAGAUCCAGGUGGGGGUGCUGCAGUACGGGGAGCGGGCGGUGCACGAGUGGGUGCUGGGCGGGUACCGGACGGCGGAGGAGGUGGUGGAGGCGGCCAAGAACAUCAGCCGGCAGGAGGGGCGGGAGACGCGCACGGCCUUCGCCAUCCGCCGGGCAUGCACCGAAGCCUUCAGCCCCGAGCGGGGCGGGCGGCCGGAUGCCACCCGGCUGAUGAUCGUGGUGACGGACGGGGAGUCCCACGACGGCGAGGAGCUGCCCGAGGCGCUGGAGGAGUGCGAGAAGCGCAACGUCACCCGCUACGCCAUCGCGGUGCUGGGGCACUACCUCCGCCGGCAGCAGGACCCCGAGGAUUUCAUCCGCGAGAUCAAGUACAUCGCCAGCGACCCGGACGAGAAGUAUUUCUUCAACGUCACCGACGAGGCCGCCCUCAACGACAUCGUGGACGCUUUGGGCGACCGCAUCUUCAGCCUGGAAGGCACCCACGGGUACAACGAGAGCUCCUUCGAGCUGGAGAUGUCCCAGAUCGGCUUCUCCCUCCACCUCCUGGAGGACGGGAUCCUCUUCGGCACGGUGGGAGCCUACGACUGGGGAGGGGCCGUGCUGGAGGAGAGCCGGCGCGGCCGCAUCGUCCCGUCCCGGAAAGCCUUCGAGAAGGAGUUCCCGCUGGAGCUGAAGAAUCAUGCGGCUUAUUUGGGUUACGCCGUCUCCUCGCUGCGGCUGCCCGGCGGGCAGCGCCUGUACGUGGCCGGAGCCCCUCGCUUCCAGCACAAGGGCAAGGUGAUCCUCUUCCAGCUGGGCACCACGGGGACCGUGACGGUGGCCCAGGCGCUGACGGGGGAGCAGAUCGGCUCCUACUUCGGCAGCGAGGUGUGCGCCCUGGACGUGGACGGUGACGGGGUCACCGACGUGCUGCUGGUGGCAGCUCCCAUGUACCUGGGUGCCCAGAGCAGGGAGACCGGGCGCGUGUACCUCUACAGAGUGGGGCAGCGGCUCCUGGCCCCCGCCGGCAUCCUACAUGCCGACAAGAAGCCGCAGGACUCCCGGUUCGGCUACGCCCUGGCCGCCGUGCCCGAUCUCAACCACGACGGCUUCAACGACGUGGUGGUGGGGGCUCCGCUGGAGGACGGGCACCGUGGUGCCAUUUAUGUCUACCACGGCGCCCCGGGCACCCUCCUGCCCCAUUACAAGCAGCGCAUCGAGGCAGCGGCGCUGGGUCCGACCCUCAGCUAUUUCGGGCGCAGCGUGGACGGGCAGCUGGACCUGGAUGGGGACGGGCUGGUGGACUUGGCCGUGGGGGCGCAGGGGGCGGCCGUGCUGCUGCGCUCCCGCCAGAUUGUCCAGGUCAACACGUCGCUGACGGUGGAGCCCUCGUCCAUCAACGUCAUCCAGAAGAACUGUCAACGCGGCGGCACUGGUGCCGUCUGCCUCCGGGCCAGGGUCUGCUUCCGCGCCGGGACCCGAGCCCGGGGCCAGCGGGACAGGGAGAUCGAGCUGCAGUACAACGUGUCGCUGGAGGAGAGGACGCCGGGAGCCCGAGCCGCCUUCGACUCCGGCGCCCGCCGGCUGCUGCAGCGCCGCCUCGAGCUCUCGCUGGGGAGGCAGAGCUGCCUCCGCUUCCCCUUCCACGUCCUGGACACCACGGACUAUCUGCGACCCCUCAUCAGCUUCACGGUGAGGUUGGCCAUGGCCAAAUCCACCGGGCCGGUGCUGGAUGAGACGUCCCCCACCACCAUCCGGAAAACUGGUGGGUGCUGGAGGUGGAUCCCCUUCUUCAAGGACUGCGGGGAGGACAACGAGUGCGUCACGGACCUGGUGCUGCGGGCCACCAUGGACAUCGUGGGCUCCGGGCAGAGCCCCCACGUCCUGCGCAGGGGCAGGAGGAAGGUGGCGGUGGACGUGGUCCUGGAGAACAGGGAGGAGAACGCCUACAACGCCAGUCUGCUCCUCCGCUUCUCCGGCAACCUCCACUUCUCCAGCCUCGCGCUCCAGGACCCCAGCCCGGUGAAGCUGGAGUGCACGGCGCUGGUGGGUCACCGCCGGCUCUGCAGCGUCGGCUACCCCGUCUUCCGCUCGCUGGCCAAGGUCUCCUUCACCCUGGAGUUGGAGUUCAGCUGCUCCGUCCUCCUCCACCGAGCCGAGGUCACGCUCGAGGCCAGCAGCGACAGCACCGAGGCUACGCUGGAGGACAACGUGGUCCGGCUUUCUGCGCCCAUCCGCUACGAGCCCGACCUCUUCCUCUCCAGUGAUGCCAACCUGCACCGCUACGAGGUUCACCCGCUCGGCACCUUCCCCCACGGCCCCGGCCCCGAAUUCAAGACCACGGUGAAGGUGCAGAAUUUCGGGUGCUACCCGGUCCGAAACCUCACCCUCCGCAUGGCCCUGCCAGCCCUGGGCUACCGCCGUGCCACCUUCCUCUCCGUCACGCGCGUCCUCGCCGACAAUGCUACCUGCACGCUGCGGACCCCCCCCGAGGAGCCACGGCAGCGGGGCACGGCCACGGUGGUCCCCGUGCACCCCGAAGACCUCCUGCGCGUGGACAGGCUGGACUGCGGCAAUGCCUGGUGCCAGGAGCUGAGCUGCCGGCUGGGGCGGCUGGACCGCGGCGGGGAGGUCUCCGUCCACGUCCUCCGCACCAUCCACAACGACUUCUUCCGAGGGGCUAAAUUCAGGAGCGUGAGAGUCGUCAGCACGGUCUGGUUGGGGGUCCCGGGGAGCAGCGUGCUGGUGCUGGAGGAGGGGGCGCAUCGGAGGGAGACGGUGCUUGAAAUCAUCCAGGCCAAGCGGGUGCCCGUCUCCCUCUGGAUCCUGGUGGGCAGCAUCCUGGGGGGGCUGCUCCUCCUGGCACUGAUCAUCUUCUGCCUGUGGAAGCUGGGCUUCUUCACCCGCAAGAAGCUCCCGGAGGAGGAGGAGGAGGAGAAGGAGCAGUGAGCGCAGGCGGUGGCCCCUCGAGCCCAGCACCGUCGGGAAGGGACACGUCCCUUCCCCAUCCUU